AUGCUUUUAAGUGCUGUAUCCCUGCAGGAGGUAAAAGGAGGAGGCGGCGGAGGAGGAGGAGGUGGAGGAGGAGGAAUGAUGAAAGGGGGCAUGGCAGGCAAUGGUGGGAAUACGGGGAUGCUCAAUGGACUCAUCAUGAAUGGACAGCUUCCUCGGCUGGUGCCAGUUGGCGCCCUGCUCCUCCCACAGCAGCAGCAGCAGCAGCAGCAGCAGCCCGCCGGCCCGGUGAACCAGGGCCCCAUGGGAGGCUUUCAGGGACCAGGCAUCCCACUGCAGGGAGCAGGCAUCCCUUUCCAGGGGCAAGGCAUCCCUUUCCAGGGGCAAGGUAUCCCUUUCCAGGGGCAGGGCAUCCCUUUCCAGGGGCAGGGCAUCCCUUUCCAGGGGCAGGGCAUCCCUUUCCAGGGGCAGCCCCAACUGCCACAAAAUGCUCUGCCGCUGUUUGCCAUGGUGCCGCAGGCUAACGCGAUGGGGAUGGGCAUGGGCAUGGGAGGAGUGCAGUUCCCAAUGAUGGCAGCUGGACAGCAAGUGCAGUUUUUGCCCCUGGGAGUGCCAAGUAAUCUCCAGCAGGGGGCAGGAGGGCAAGGGCAAGGGCAAGGGCAGGGAGCAGCCGUAGCGGCCAAGGCUCGGGUGAAGCAUUCUGUCAUGGACAGCCUGGACCCCUUUCCAACAACCUCUCAGCCCAAGGUGGCCACAACUCCAGCCAUGAGACCAAUGACACUAGCUGAGAGACUCAAGCUCUCGAUCACUCCCCAGAGGAAAACUGUUUGAGGAGAAUCUGGUGAUCACAACGAUGAUGCUGAAAUAAAGAAGAGGCAGAAGGGGAACCUCUAGUAAACAGCUGUGAUAGAUGAUGUGUUUUCACGCAGUAAAAACACAGU